GCCAUGAUCGAUGCUCAACACAUUUGAAGUACGAGAACAAUAGCAGCAAUAACGCCAAAAAUCAAACAAUCGAAUAUUAUGAUUAUCUGAACAAUUUACGACGCAGGUGAAGUAACCGCCAAACGGUUUCACCAUUGGUACGGAACACAGCUACCUUUAACUUUCCUUCAAAUUUCGUAAAUUAAAGCCGUCUUUAUCAUCGUUCAUGUUACCCACUAAGUCGAAUUUGGGUAAAUUGAUUUAAUCUUUCUUUGAUUUGCAUUGAUUAUGCGGGUUAAUGGUAAUAAAUUCCGGGUUUCUUCUCUGCGCACCAAGUGUUCGAUGAAAUUCCCCUGAGAGUAUUAACAAAAAACGCUGGAAUUCAUUGAUUAAAACCAGGUGGGUAUUGAACUAUUGAUCAUACGAAGAUAUUCUAGUAUCAUACUUUGAUAUAUGCAGAUUGAUUUCUUAUUCGAUCGACAAUGUUAGUAAGAAAACUCAGAUAUGGGAACCUAAAGGUUCCGUAUGCUCGUCAAGCCGUGUUUUCUUGCAGUAAUCUUGAUGCUGCUAGAGUACCAAGAUGCAAGAUUACAUGGUGUCAAACGGUUGAUUUGCCACCCAAAAUUAUCCAUCCAUGGCAAUCUUUUUCAACGGUGGCAAGCACGAUCCUCGUUCAAGCUAGAGAUCCGGCUAAGCUAAGCGAAGAACUGCAAAACGCACUCGAUGAACAAAGACUAACGGAUGCUUGGAACUUACACGAACAGCACAUGAACAUGGAAGGCUUUCCCAGAAAAUCUGUGGUCAACAAGGUUCUUGCAACUUUUGCGCAAAGUCUCGAGCGUCAAUGGCUUGAUCGGGCGUAUGAUCUAGUAAUCAAAGCCAUUAACGAGCACAAGCAAAACUUGUUAGAGAAGGAGACUUUAAUAUAUCUAUCACUAUGUCUAGCAAGAUAUGGUUUGCCUGUGAAUGCAGCAACGGUUUUGCGGAAACUGGUUGAAACCGAACAGUUUCCUCCGGUGACUGCUUGGGCUGCGAUAUUAGCGUACAUGUCACAAACUUCUGCUGGUGCUUACCUGGCUGCUGAGUUGGUUCUCGAGAUUGGUUUCAUGUUCCAAGAUGGGAGGGUGGACCCGCGUAAAAAGAUUAACGAACAUUUGAUUGCUAUGAAGCCGAAUACAACCGCUGUAAACAUUGCACUGGCGGGUUGUCUUCUUUUUGAGAAAAAUCGGAAAGCAGAGCAGAUUUUGGAUAUGAUACCUCGAAUCAGUGUGAAAACUGACGUUACGAUGUUGAUCAUUAUGGGUCAUUUAUAUGAACGGAAUGGAAGAAGAAACGAGCUUAAAAAACUUAAGCGAUACAUCGAUGAAGCGCAUGAUUUGACGGAUAGUCAGUUUCGAGAGUUUUACAACUGUUUGCUUUCUUGCCACUUGAAAUUCGGGGAUUUAGAAUCGGCAUCACACAUGGUUCUUGAAAUGCUCCGAAAGGCGAAAAAAGCUCGAAAUUCUCUUGGUAUGUCCACCUUUACAUUUGAUGUCACGACGAUCGAUGAGAUAGAUUCUCAAGAGAAUUUGACCCAUGAAAAGUCAACUCAUGCAGAGGCUAAAGAACAACUGGUAUUGACUUACGAAGACUUUUGUGCGGACCGGAAGUUUUCAAGACUUGAAGCCGAGGCUAAAGAACAACUUAAGACGUUAAUUAUGAAGUUUCAAACUCGAUUACAACUUAUCACAACCGAACGUGGCAUUCUCCAACCGACGGAAACAAUAUUUGUGAAAUUAGUGAAAGCGUUCUUGGAGUCUAACAAAAUAAACGAGCUUGUUCAGUUUCUAGUUAACGUAGAAAAAGAAGAUUCUCCGGUUUCACCCGAUAGCUCGCCGUUGAUUCAAGUAAUCAAUACAUGCAUUUCUCUUGGAUGGUUGGAUCAGGCGCAUGAUCUUCUCGAUGAAAUGCGCGUGUGCGGUGUUAAAACGGAAUCUUCGGUGUAUUCAUCUCUUCUAAAAGCAUACUGCAAAGAGAACAGGUCAACAGAAGUCAAAUCACUUCUUAAAGAUGCGCGUAAAGCCGGAGUCCAGUUAGACGCAAGCUCCUACGAAGCAAUGAUCGAGUCGCGUGUAGUCGGUAACGAUACUCAAGGAGCUUUAAAUCUGUUUAAAGAAAUGAAAGAAAAUAAACUAGUGAAAUCCGGUCAACAAGAGUUUGAGAAUCUGGUCAACGGGUGUGUAGGAAGCGGUGAAGCGAAACUAAUGGCAAAACUUUUACAGGAAAUCAAAGACGGUCAAACCAUUGACUGCGGCGUUCACGAUUGGAACAACGUGAUCCACUUUUUUUGUAGGAAAAGGUUAAUGCAAGAUGCGGAAAAAGCUCUUAAAAAGAUGAAAAGUUUAGGGCAUGCUCCAAACGCUCAAACGUUUCAUUCGUUAGUAACGGGUUAUGCUGCAGUUGGUGGGAAGUAUACAGAGGUAACGGAACUUUGGGGCGAGAUGAAGGUUCUUGGUUUCUAUCAUGGAAUGAAGUUUGAUCAAGAAUUGUUGGAUUCGGUUCUUUAUACGUUUGUGAGGGGCGGGUUUUUUAUUCGGGCUAAUGAAGUUGUGGAGAUGAUGGAAAAGGGGAAAAUGUUUGUCGAUAAGUAUAAGUAUCGUACGCUUUUUUUAAAGUAUCAUAAAACGUUUUGUAAAGGGAAGGCUCCCAAGUUUCAGACAGAGUCACAGUUAAACAGGAGGGAAGCUGCAUUGACUUUUAAGAAAUGGGUCGGGCUGUUUUGAAGAAUAUUUAUACUUAUCUGUUCGACCCGUGGGUCGUCUGUUCUACCCAUGCGUGACUCCUUUAGCUUGUUCUGAACUUAAUUGUUAAAUUCAUUCCUAUCCUUUAUAACAAAGCAUGAUUCUGUUUGUCUA